AUGACGUUGAGCAAGGCUAUCAAUUCAACGAUAGUUACGCGUUUCUCGAGUGGGCGAAUACUAAACCAACUUAGGCAUACGUCAGCGGGUCCACCACCUGUGCCACCUCCAGCUCCUGAUUCUAUUCGUUACAAAUGGGAGAAGUAUUUAGAAAAAUGGCCCAAAAUUGCAUCCUUGAAUAAAUUGGUCUUUGACGGGUCCAAAUGGUGUUUGAAUGACAUCAAAACAUAUUUCAAUCUCAGAAAAAACAUGUUAAGCGGGAAAACUACUAUAGAAAAGUUGUCGACAUCGGACUUAGAAGUCUUAGUGCAGACACCAUCUGAAACACUCAAAGCGUUAACAAUCAUAGUUCUGCUCCCGCUACCUGCAACCUUCUACCUUAUUGGGUUCUGCGUUGUUUUCUUCCCUCGCAUAGUUUUGACCCGGCAUUUCUGGACGGAUGAUCAACGCAAGGAGUUCUUUGCUAUGGAAAUUAAUAAGUCGAACACCAUGUACGACGGUAUUCAUCAAGCUCUUAAAGAGCCCAAAUCUAUUGAAGACAUAAAGCUACCAAACGUGGGAGAACUUACUUUGGAUCUAUCCACGAAAAUAAGUCAGCUACAGGGUUUCUAUCCAAUACCAUUCACUAAUGGCCGACUAGCUAAAAGAGUGCGUCUCCUCCGCCGACUUGACGAGACUCUUGCUAGCUAUCUAGACACGUUGACAUCACAACAACUAUUAUUCCAUAUGUACAUUCGUCGGCUAGACUACACAAAUCUGAGCGAUGACCAAAUUCGCAGGAAGCUGAGGGAUUGGGUCGGGAUGACAUCUUCUCUCAGCGACUCCGCUUACUUAGUUGCUCCAGUUUAUUUCAACAAGCUCAGGCAAUAG